GCGGCCUGGCGCGAGCCGGUCGCCUGUCCGGGAGCCACCGCCUCCCGCCUGCGCGCUGCCUCUCGGACCCCUCAGGCCCGCCCGUGGCCGGCCGCGUCAUGCCAGGCGCUGCUCAGCGGUAGGGAGUGCCUGGGGCUGCAGCCGCCGCCCUCCCGCCCGAAGCCGCGCCCACUGCCCAGAGCCACAGGGAUGGUGGUAGUCACGGGGCGGGAGCCAGACAGCCGUCGUCAGGACGGUGCCAUGUCCAGCUCCGACGCCGAAGACGACUUUCUGGAGCCGGCCACGCCGACGGCCACGCAGGCGGGGCACGCGCUGCCCCUGCUGCCCCAGGAGUUUCCUGAGGUUGUCCCCCUUAACAUCGGAGGGGCUCACUUCACUACCCGCCUGUCCACACUGCGGCGCUACGAAGACACCAUGUUGGCAGCCAUGUUCAGUGGACGGCACUACAUCCCCACGGACUCCGAGGGCCGGUAUUUCAUCGACCGAGAUGGCACACACUUUGGAGAUGUGCUGAAUUUCCUGCGCUCAGGGGACCUGCCACCCAGGGAGCGUGUUCGGGCUGUGUACAAAGAGGCCCAGUACUAUGCCAUCGGGCCCCUCCUGGAGCAGCUGGAGAACAUGCAGCCUCUGAAGGGCGAGAAGGUGCGCCAGGCAUUUCUGGGACUCAUGCCCUAUUACAAAGACCACUUGGAGCGGAUUGUGGAGAUUGCCCGGCUGCGUGCGGUCCAGCGGAAGGCCCGCUUUGCCAAGCUCAAGGUCUGUGUCUUCAAGGAGGAGAUGCCCAUCACCCCCUAUGAGUGUCCGCUCCUCAACUCCCUGCGCUUUGAGCGGAGUGAGAGUGACGGGCAGCUCUUCGAGCACCACUGUGAAGUGGAUGUGUCUUUUGGGCCCUGGGAGGCUGUGGCUGAUGUUUAUGACCUGCUGCACUGCCUGGUCACGGACCUCUCGGCCCAGGGCCUCACCGUAGACCACCAGUGCAUCGGGGUGUGUGACAAGCACCUCGUGAACCACUACUACUGCAAGCGCCCCAUCUAUGAGUUCAAGAUCACAUGGUGGUGAGUAGCCCUAGUAGGCAAGAGUCUCAUCAGGGAGGAUGUCCACCCUGCUUGGCGGCUCUGGGAGUAAGAUCCCUGAAGGGGCUGCUGACUGCCCCAAAAUCUGCCAAUGCGAGGACCAAGUCCUGAGGCAUAGCUCCCAGGGGACAGAGGUGUAGCUCCACUCUCCCUGGCUGCAUCUCAGGGUCGGGCUCAGGGCUUGCAGCUGCAGGGACUUGGGCCUGCACUCACCUGGCCUUUCCUCAAGGCCUGGUAGUCUUUCCUUGAGGCUGACAGCUAUGGCUUGACCAGGAAGUCCCGAGAGGUUUUGUCAACUUCGUGACCUUGCAAGAGAGUUUCUACCCAUUUUAGAGCCACGUUACCAAAUCGAUGUAGGCCUAUUUGCUUUCUCAACUGUUGAAGUGUAUUGGUAUGAACAUGGAACAUGAUGGGGGAUUUACCUGACUAGCCACCUCAUAGCCCCUGGCUGGAGGAGAGCGUCUUCUUUCUCAGUGCACCCCUUCUCCUCCAGCAGUAGUCCCCCACAUUCUUAAAAUGUGGAAAGACUUUUUUUUCUGGAACAUGUUCUUCACCACCUUUUGGAGAUUUAAUCAUAGCUGCCAAAGCUAUGUACCCAGUUGGCCUUAGAAAACCACAGUGUUUACAGCCCCGUCUUAGGGCCACGGCUUCUCCUAGCUUCCACCACCUUCCUUGCUUGCAGGGUCAUCUUCUCACAGGGCUGGAAUACAAAUUUCAAAGGCUUCUAUUGAAGAUUCCCUAAGUGAAGCAGGCAAGAUGCCUAGAUCUUCUGUUACCUUUGACAUGUAACAUUCUUUUUAGAGGCCCAGAACACCUCCUUGGCUGCUGUCUCAUGUGUUAGAAUCCAAUUUGUGGUGAACCUCUUUGGAAGGGGACUCCCUCUUUAAAUGUUGUUGCUUUCCUGCUAACAUUCUCCUAGGAGAGCGUCUAUUCUGAGAAGGUAAAGGAAGGGCUGGAUGAGAGGCACAGCUAUCCUAGGAGCUGUAGGAAGACGGAGAAAGCUUCCUUUUGUUUUACUCCUCACAUUUCAGAAAUAGAAAAAGAUUCCCAAGGAUCUGUUACUACUGCAUUUCCUUCUUGCUCUGUCUACAUCCUGGGCCAACAAGUCAGGGUCUGGACAUGCAUCUCCAAAAGGAAGAGCUAUGUAGCACCACUGAUCACAACGUAACAUUUCCGUGCUGUGUGAAGGGUGUCGCUCUGUAAUGUCUCUUCUUCCUGGGUAUUACUGAAGGGAGACUUUUU